GGGUGUUUGCAGGAAAAGUGGAAAAAGAGUCUAAAAUAGCUGUGAAAAUCAAUCAUAGACAGCUGUGCUGGUAAGAUCAUACAAAUUCCUGGAAAGUGUGUUCCCCUGUUCCCGUUCGUUCGUUGCGGAAAUGGCUGACGAAAGCGAAUUAAAAGAGCUUAUAAAUCAAGCAAUAACAUGUGCACAUCCGCACAUUUACGGUACAGUGAAUUUAAAUCGUCUUCGUGAUGUUUUAUGUCUCUUGGUGGCGACACGCAAACCGUGCGACGAAUCCUCUAAAGAGGAUCGCUCGAAUCAAUCGGUCGGCGGGGAAACGGAAUCGUCCCGCGAUGUUGUCCCGGAACUAUCGCAAGAAGCUGGUAUAUGUAAUUCAUUACACUCGGUGGUUAGUGAUGAAGAAGAUUUGAAUAGUGCGGUGUGUCGAUCGCAUUCGCUGAACGCUUUGGAACAACCGGCUGCAUUGUCACUGGAAAGAAUAUUGAUGGAAAUUGAAGAGAUUGGGCAAAAGGUUAAUGAAAUCAACGAACGUGUUGCUGAGCUUGAAGUAAAAUUGCCAUCCGAACGAUGUAAGUGCAGUUGUGGGGUUGCGAUGGAAGCCGACGGGUCCGAGAACUCAUCAAAGACUGAGACAUCCCACGCGCACAAAAUAUCUUCUUCACAAAACGAUCCAUCUCCUGACACCGCUGCGGACGAAUCGAACGUUGGUGUGGAUCGGGAUGGCCGUUUGAACUAUGCUAACGACUCACCACCGACGGAGUGCGAAGUAGCACCGCCACAGGCUUCGGAUGGUAAUUCGAUCCAGCAGCCAGCCUCAGAUCAGUCGGAUGUGUCUUCCAAGACCUUCAAAAACAACAAACCAACAUUGCCAAUCGCUGUUGUUCCUGUGGAACCGCACCAUGAAGGUGCAAGGGGCCGCGGCGAAGAUGAAAAAUCAACGCUUCCAGCACCGACAAGCGACUCCGAUCGGAACGGAACGGCAACGGAGGAAACCCGAAGUGUGGUUCCCGAAUUUGAUGAGCUUGUGGCCACCGUGCAUGGUUUGGUGGAACGGGAGCAAAUGUUUUUCGUACGACUUGACAACAUCGAAAAGCUGAUGUCGUCUUGUGUAGACAAGUUGUUCACCCGCCUGCAGGAAGAGAGAUGCGUUCCACCGGCUACCGUUUUUAACGAUAACAGCAGUGGCCAGGAUUUGCAGCCGGAAUCUUGUACGUCACCGUGCGCGCCGGAAUCCAUUCGUCGGCCGGACGGUACGGGAACCCUGCCGGAGACAAACAUACGCUCCAUAAUUGACGAAUUCCGAAGAGAAAUAUGUUCUUUAAAAACGGCUUUCAACCGCCUGAACAUUGCUGCCGGAGGCGUAGCAGGGACGGAAAUCCAGCCCAGGCACGUACAGUGUAUAUCGUGUAACUGUGCUGCUGCCAUGGAAAUACACGAGGAGCUCAUACACGCACCGGUUCCGUUCCAUGUGAGGCGCUGCAUGAAACCGAUGUUACGCCGGCAGCGCGAUUGGUUGCAGAAGGAGUUGAAAUUUCCAGCAGUCGUACCGGUGAGCAUGGAACCGUAUUACAAACUUUUAAGGAAAAACACUCGUUUUUCUCAUGAAACGAAAUCGUGAAAGUCAACGCCGUCUGGUUGAAGAAAGGGGAGCGAGAGAAAUUAAAACGUUGGCGUUAAGCACCACUGUACAGAAGGAUUCUUCGAGCUGCAGGAGCUUUCGGUGGAAAGUAUUCUAUGGUGCUGUCGAACGUACUUUUUUCAUUAAAAAUUCUUUUUCUGGUGAUGUUUUUUCACACUAUGAAGCGAUUAAUAGUUUUAAAAAUGGUUUCCUUAGAAUGUUGAAAAGGAAUGAAACAAACACAUUUCGGCGACAUUAUUUUCGACUUUGGAA